AACUCGUGACGUAAGUGAACGACGGUUCCACCCGUGGUCCGUAGUUCUCUUUUAUCUCUUCAGAUCCUCGGUGAAAACGAAAUCUCCCGGGUAUCAUGCUAGUCACACUGCCUGUUUGAGAUUGAACUUUCUACGUCAUCCUUACUAUCGCUCUCGAUGAUAAGAACUGCAUUUUGUCAACGAAAUUCUGUGAGCGACCAUUACCAACGAUCACGACCACUCUCCACUUUCAAUCGUCAAACUGAUGGUUACGGCGCGACGUCUGCUGGAAGCUCUGGCUUUCGUAAGAAAUCAAUGAUGUGUCCAGGUCAUAUUUCUCGCCGAGAAAUGCUAGUUGAAAGUGGCAAUGUUGCCAGUCUAACAAGGACCAUUUGCAUCCAUAGUUGUGCACGUGUCAUUAUACAUAUGCGUGGAGGAAAUUAUAAAUUAUAGUUUCAAUGGAAAAGGACAGCGUGAAUAAAGUUCCAGAUCAAUUUAAACUUCUUCCAAAAAUUAUAAAUGGCGGGAUCGCAGGUAUCAUCGGUGUCUCUGUGGUAUUCCCACUGGACUUGGUUAAAACACGAUUACAGAAUCAAGUUAUUGGCCCUAGUGGCGAACGAAUGUACAAAUCAAUGUUUGACUGUUUUAAGAAGACUUACAAUGCCGAAGGCUACUUCGGCAUGUAUAAAGGAUCCGGUGUGAACAUUCUUUUAAUCACACCAGAAAAGGCAAUCAAACUCACUGCCAACGAUACAUUUCGUUAUUACUUAUCUACAGGGCCUGGACAGAAACUGCCACUAGAACGUGAAAUGCUCGCCGGUGGAUUAGCUGGAGCAUGUCAAAUUAUCGUCACAACACCGAUGGAACUACUGAAAAUUCAAAUGCAAGAUGCUGGACGAGUAGCGGCAGCAGCAAAGGAAGCUGGGAAAGUUGUACCAAAGGUGUCGGCUUUAUCAUUAACGAAAGAUUUAUUGCGGAAAAGAGGCAUUUUGGGGCUUUAUCAAGGUACUGGUGCAACAGCGCUUAGAGAUGUCACAUUUUCUAUUAUUUACUUCCCACUAUUCGCUAGACUGAACGAUAUUGGGCCAAAGAGAGAGGAUGGUUCCUCCGUAUUUUGGUGUUCGUUUUUGUCUGGUUGUACCGCUGGUUCUAUAGCUGCAUUAUCAGUGAAUCCGUUUGACGUAGUCAAAACAAGAUUGCAAGUAAUCAAAAAGGCACCCGGUGAACCAACAUACGAUGGUGUACUGGACUGCAUAACUAAAACAUUGAAGAACGAAGGUCCAACUGCAUUCUUCAAAGGUGGAGCGUGCAGAAUGAUCGUGAUAGCGCCCCUUUUCGGGAUCGCACAAACCAUUUACUACCUCGGCGUCGCAGAAUGGCUAUUGGGUUUUAAGUGAACAUCAUCGCCCUCUUCUUCUUCUGUGUCGUCUUAGAAUACUCUGGGAUUAAACUGACAAUAACUGGCGCGUAAUAGAUGUAUGUUCGCUUAAUAUGGUUCGCUAGUUGCCGAGUAAGUGAAUUGUUCUUUUCUUAAUUACUCGAGAACCUUGGUUAUCGGACGCGCGCAAAUUGUAUUCAAUGUUUAUUUGAUAAAUUAUCGACGUACAGAAGUGUCUUUUUUAUUUUUGAUAUUUAUGUAUUAUUAUAAUAGUUCUUUUAAUCGCAAUUACUUUUAAUUUUGUUUCUCUCUCUCUCUCUCUCUUUCUCUUUUUUUUUCAAAGAUUUCACAGUGCAAUAAAGCUUUCAAAAUAAAAUGGAGUUGUAAAUAAAAUGAAAACCUCUCUACGGCUUAAAAAAUCAACAAAAUAUCAAAAAUUACACAGCAUUUCAAUAGUAAUAUGAUUUUAAGUUUGAUACAUGUCUCAUCGAAUUAAAUUAUUGAGUAUAAUAGAAGCAGAGAAGAAAACAUUCAAUGUAAUUAGGCAGUUAAUCUCAUGAAUUUAUUUCUACGUAUUUUUGUGAUUGUCUCUUCAGAUAAUCAAGGUUCUGGUGAGCUAUUACGAAGGCUAAGUCACCGUUUAUAAACGAUAACGUUGAUUUUGACUUAAUAUCAUUAUCGUAUGAGAAUGAAAUUCGUGAUUUGCGAUCGAGUUCGCUUAUUUUCACCAUUGACGAACUAAUUAUAAAUCUUAGGAUUCUAUUAUCCCCAUCUUACCUAUGCCUUAUACCGGAUUACUUCUUCAACAACCAGUGUUUCCAACUUUCUUUAUUUACUUUUUUAUUUCACAUUUUAGUUUUUUAUAACAUUUACAAUAAGUUAUUAAGGUAUCUGCAAAGUAAGAUAGACUAUUAUUUUUAUAUCUUAUUUUUAUUUUAUAUAUAAAUGGAACGCGAAUAAGUUUGCGGACAAAUUUAUAAACAUAAAGUAUUACAUACCGUUAUUACGUAUUAUACAUCAUAUCGUUAAUAAAUAUCGCGAAAAAAAUCGACUAAAUUAUUUAUGUUGUAUAUGUUAUGUCGUAAUGAUGGGAACACUGGUAUAGUCUACCGUGAUAACAAGAGCUUACAUUUUGUAAGAGAUUACAUAAUUUCAUUUGUGAAUUCUAGUUAAUGCUGUAGUCAGAUCGUUGCUAUAUCUUUAAGAAUCAAAUAAUAGGAAAUAACUCUUAAUUGGUAUGAUUAUAAAAUAUAAAAAUCAUGCAUCGAGGAAUGCAUAUGAAUGUUUUGUUGUAUUUUAAAUUUAUAAACUAAUGUUUUGUUUUAAUGUAUGUUUUAAAUUAAAAUUUAACAUAUCGUUAUUCUAUGUUCUGUUAACAUAAUUAUACGAUUAUCAUAAACGUAGCUGACUUAUUAAGGAACCUCAAGUCGUUUUAAUUUAGAAACUGCCGUUUGAAAUAUUUCUAUACUUGCUUCUACCUUUUAUAAUUAUUUAUCUUCAGAUACGUUUAUAGAUUUGUAUCUGUUUAAAAUAUUUAUCAAAUAUCAUAGCAAUUAAGAGUUAACUUGUUCUUCCGUUUUCCUUCUUAGGAAAUUUUGUGGAGAGAUACUAGAAGAAAUUUCCCAAAUAUGGGGAUUUAUUGUCAAUUUUACUAGUAAAAGAAAUUCUAGAUAUAUAAUAAAAAUAUUCAUGUUAUCGAUGUAUAUUGACAUUGUACAGAAGUAAAUCUUAGCGGUUCUUCAAAAAUA